CAUUGGAUAUUCAUUAGAAACUGAAGCAGGCGGUGCAAACAAAGUUCUAUAAAGCAAAAAUAAACGGUUCGACUCCAAAUAAGUGUGUGUUCUAGAGUCAGCCUCUAGAACUGGAUUUCUACGAAUAUUUAUAUAAUACAUAAUAUCUUGAAGAAUAUUGAAGGCUAAUUAUACGAAAUCAAGUAACUUUUCGAGAAUCUUCGGCUGAACGAGUUCCGGUUCGAGUUGGCUAGUUGCCCAUUGCAGAACGAAACAUGACGACCUACAUGAAGAUCUUCGAGGAGCGCUACUCCGGCCUGGCCAAGGGAGUUGAUGAGACCGUGGACAGCUGGUUCCUGAUGAGUUCCCCAACCCCCGUGGUUGCUGUGGUCUUGGUAUACCUGGCGUUCGUCUUGAAAAUCGGUCCCGAGUACAUGAAGAAUCGGAAGCCAAUGGACCUGAAGCGCAUCAUGGUCUUCUAUAACGCCUUCCAGGUCUGCUACUCGAUUUGGAUGUGCCGCACGUCCAUUCAAGAAAGCAAUGUGAUGGCUUCCAUUUACUCCAAGAAGUGCGAGAUCAACCGCACCCGGGAACAGAACCUGACCCUCUACUCUGGAGCUUGGUUCUACUUCUUCUCGAAGAUCAUCGACCUGCUGGACACCACGUUCUUCGUCCUGCGCAAGAAGGACAACCAGAUCUCCUUCCUGCACGUCUACCACCACACCGUCACCGUUCUCUUCUCCUGGGGCUACCUGAAGUACGCUCCUGGUGAGCAGGGCGUGAUUAUCGGCAUCCUCAAUUCGGGAGUGCACAUCAUCAUGUACUUCUACUACAUGGUGGCCGCCAUGGGACCCCAGUACCAGAAGUACCUCUGGUGGAAGAAGUACAUGACCAGCAUCCAGCUGGUGCAGUUUGUCCUCAUCCUGGGCUACAUGCUGCUGGUGGGCGCCAAGGGAUGCAACAUGCCCAAGACACUGACCUUCUUCUUUGUGGGCAACACCGUCAUUUUCCUAUACCUCUUCGGCAACUUCUACCGCAAGACCUACAACAAGGCCAAGAGCAUCGAUGGCGCCAACGGCGCCAAGCGGACGACCGGCAGCAGUCUGGCCAAGUCGGCCCUGAGGGCUGCCGGCGGCAUGGGCUGCAUGCCCCAGACAAUGAACGCCGGAAAGUACAGCCUGGAAAACUCGCCGCCCGGAAAGGCGUACAUCGACCUGAACAACAACAAUGUGAAGCCGCUGAAACUCGAAUGAGGAGUCGUUUUCUCGUUUUGUGACGUGGUUGGGUUUCAAUUUAGCAAUUACGUUUUGUAACGCGGGGCUUUAGUUCGUACUUGUAUAUCUGUAUAUCUGUGUAUCUUUACCAUUAUCCGUAGUGUCUGCGAUGAAUACCUUGUAUAAUGUUUAUGCCGGGCAGGCAGCCGGAUGAUUUCAAAAACCCAAAAAGUAGCUAGAACCCUAAGUGAUUGAGUGUGAUUGUGGCCAAGUCUGACUGUUUAAUGUUAAUGUUUUUCUUAGCUUUGAGUGAGUGCGAGUGUGAUAGAGUUUUAUUAAUGAAAUGCAGCCGUAAAUCGUUUCUCGCAAACAAGAAAAAUUCAAUAAAACUUCGAUUUUUGUAUAUUUAAUAAAAAUUAAAAAAAUAAAAAA